AUGAACGUGGACGCCUCUCCUGUCCGUGGAGAAUACAAGUGCGAGAUUUACAGGGUGUACGUCCAGGGUGCCAUUAGGUACCUCCUGACUGUUCAUGAUGUGACAAGAACCCAUCUGCGGGAACUUAGCCAUUGCGUCACACAAUACCUUAAGAGAUGGACCAAUAUGAAGAAGUCAUCCGACCCGGGUAUACUCUACCAUAGCCAUGGGCUAGGACUCACAUCUGUUGAACAAAUCUAUAUGCAACAACACGCCAAUGUGAUUGCUACAGUCCUGACGGCUGGUGACGCCAGUGUCAAGAAUGCCCUGGAGGCUAAAGUAGAAAGAGAAUCGUCCCUCUCGCGCAAGUCAACGGGUACGUUGGAAUGCCACACAGUCGUUGAACAAAGCUUAGCAAUAUUGUCCAACGAGGAAUCCCAAGACAACCAUGAAACCCCAGCUCAAACCAAGAAGAAGCUGUGCCAAACAGUCAAAGCCAGGAUGCAAAAGGAAUAUGAUUGUAAAGUGGAGGAACAUUGUAGCACCCUUACGGUUCAAGGUAGAUGGACAGAACUACUGGAGGCCGAAAGAUCUGACACAAGCUGGAGAAGUUCCCUGUCCAAUGCCCCGCGAGGUGUCUUUGAGUUCGCGUUGAACGGGAUGGCGAACUGGCUCCCCACACGGGACAACUUAGUCCGGUGGGGGAAGCUUCUGUCUACAAAGUGUCCGUUGUGUAAAGGACACCAGUCCCUUCGGCAUGUCCUGAAUGCCUGCCCUGUGGCACUGACGGACAGGUACACUUGGCGCCACAAUAGUGUACUGAAGGAGCUGGUAACCACCCUGCAGCGCUGGCAUUCUACACUGGAGACGUCAGCAGUUACAAUACGAUGUGACCUCAGCCCUGAUGUCAUAGAGGGCGGGACACACACAACAGUACCCCCAGACAUCCUCCCUACAUCUCUCGUACCGGACAUUACUGUUCAGAACACAGCCGAACAGAAGCUAACCCUUAUCGAACUGACUGUUCCAUUUGAGCAAAAUGCCCAGGCUGCUGAAGAUAGAAAACUUGCCAAAUAUGAACACCUUAAGGAAGAGUUAAACUCGCAUAGCGACUAUAGUGCUACUGUAGUUACAAUAGAGGUCGGUAGCAGGGGAUGGGUGAACAGUGACAAUGUCAAAAAGCUGAAAUCCUUAUGCCCUGUACGUAAGAAGGACAGUGAGGUGAGAGAGUUGAAGCGCAGGUUAGGACACUGUGCCCUCUGCACAUCGUACGCAAUUUACUGUGCAAGGAACAACCCUGUAUGGGAGUCGCCGUCCGGGCUGUUUUCCAGCCGAUGA